CAUAAGCGCCUUAUCUAUGUACUUCUACUGUUAUAAAUUCACAUCGUACCGUUUUGUACACGAACUCGAAAAUGUAUAAAUUUUGAGUUGUAGCGUAGCUGAACAAGCAGAAAACGGCCGGUCUUAUGCAGGUUAUAAUCAACCUGAAUAUUGAAUUAGUCCACGGGGACAUUUUUCGCCAUCUUCAUUUUUUCGUACCACGCUGUGGCCAUUUUUGUUCGGUGCCAUUUUGCUAACGCUGCGCCCUCGCCUCGCGUACGGUGCACGGUGACAUUUUCGGUAAAUCAGCUGUGGCCACCGUUGCGUGCACACCUCGCCAUCGUGUUACUCAAAAAUUCACGCUUUUCCACACCGCACACACGGUGCGAUUGUGUUGUGACUCUGGUAUCAUCAUAUUGACUUGCUAUCGCAAUCGUUAAUUGUGAAAAGUACCGCGUACCUUACAACACAUCACACACUGUAUAAGUAUAAGUAAUCAGUGUGUUGUACAACGGGGACGCCUGGAAGUCACCCGGACAAAUUGUAACAAAAACGCAUUUUGAAGGUUAACUCAGUCUGAGUCUGAGUAAAAACUAGCGAAUAAUGUCUGAGCCGGCGGAGAAGACAGACAUAAUGGAAGCAGACACAGGUACAGAUAGUGUGGCAGAACCCGAAGGUUCUGAGAUGUCGGAUGAUGUGUGUCAAAUUGUGCGGUCGAAUAAAGGCGGACCGAAAUUGAUCCAUCGGGGGUACAUCUACACCGUGCACAAACAGCGCCCGGGUAUGGUGCGUUGGCGGUGCACUAGACGCAGCUUAAACUGCAGGGGAAGCAUGACCACCACAGCGAUCAGCCCGAAGACAAAGUCAAAGAUCCUCAUGGCGCACAAUCACGUCCCGGAUCGCAAUGCAGUCGCACGUACACUCAGCUGGGGACAAAAAACGGCACCUGCAGCGGAUAACUCAACAUCCCCAUCAUCGCCAGAGUUUACCAGUGCGCUGGAACAAAAUGAAGGACAUUUCAACCGGUUGAAGAAUCUCGGCACGGCUGUCAAACCUACAACACAACAAUCCCUGUUGAAAAAGAAGAAAUCACCGGAGAAGAACAUUAUAGAUCAACAUGAUGGUGAUUUGGAGUGGAAACCACCAUAUGGUAAAAUCAAAAUAGUAUCAGAUGUUGAUACAAAGACAACGCUGGAAACAAAAUCGCAGCCGCCUAUGCCAAUCAAAGUCUCCAAACGCAUAAUGGAGAAAAAACGCAUGAAGAAACCAAUACCCCCGCCACAGAUAGAAACAGAAGACGAUAACUAUGCGCAAAUGCGAAGUAAUCACAUAAACAAGAUCAAAAUCACCAACAUAACCAGCAAUCCUAUUAUAACUCCAACGGAACCAGUGACAGAAAGUAAGAAAAGUCAUAUUCCACUGAAUAUUAAACCUGCAAUGGCGCUCGCAGAGGAUGAAGAGGUUUGUUUGCGGUGGAACAGUCAUCAUAACAACAUGCAGACGGCGUUUCCUUUCUUGUUAGCACGUGAACAAUACGUGGAUGUUACUUUGAGCAGUGAGGGACAAUCAAUUAGAUGUCACAAGUUGGUUUUAUCCGCGUGCAGUUCAUAUUUCGAUGAAGUCAUCUCCGGAUUGUCUCCCUGGCAACAUCCGGUGAUUUAUUUGAAAGGUAUACCCUUCUGGGUGUUGAAGGCAUUGAUUGACUUCAUGUACGUUGGUGAAGUUGGUAUUGAACAGUCUAAACUUCAGACUAUUCUCAAUGCCGGGCAGGAAUUGAAGAUUAAAGGGUUGACUACAUUGGUUACGCCACAACAGUUGCCUGCAUUCACGCCUGCGCAGCUACCACCCGCAUCGCUUACACCUGCGCCUGCGCCAGCGUCCACACCGCAAAUGGGUGCUAAAAACGCUGCUAGUUUACUUCAGGUGAAAACAGAUAAUGUAUUUCUGUAUCAAAUGAAAUCCAGUGGGAAAUCUACGCCGGUUAAGGUUAAAGAAGAAUUUAAAGAUGAGAAAAUGGAGGAAAAACCGAUUAAACCAGUGAAUAAACGUCCUGCAAAGCGGCCAUUGUCUGAAAAUGAAACAAUUUCUCCGUUACCUGAACACCUUCUCUUCAUGCGUAAAGGCACCCGUUCGAGACCUCUGGUGAAAACCCCGAAGAUUUACCAAGAUGACCAUUUUUCUUCGUCGUUUUCCAAGUCGGAUUCUUCAUUCGCCACGCUCACACCACAGAAAAAAUCAACGCCCCUCCCACAACAACAGCGCUCCCUGUUGAAAUUCCCCUCAGGCUCCACUGAAUUCCCCAUCCUUGCGAUUCCCGACGAUAAAGAUCAGGAUAUUCUUAGCGCGGCUGAAAUUAAACAGGAACCCAUCGAUAUCGGCGAGACUGAUGUCACGUUUAAUGAUUAUCAAAGCGGUGAGAAUUGUUUGUUGUUUGAUGAACCGGAUAAUGACGACGAUGAUGACGACGACGAGUUCAUGGUUGAUGAUAAUUAUAAUCCCGAGGAGGAUUAUUUCGAAGUGAUUACGCAGAGUUUUGAUGAAGGACAAGAUGGCGCUGCGCGAAAGGACGCCGGUGGUGGUUUGACGGAACAAUCGGUUGAUGAGAGUGCGGUGGGUGAUAAGGCUGGUGAUGAUGUGUGCAAGGACACAUUGAAAGAUGAUAACAUGGAUAAUAGUGAGUGCACGCCGCAUUUUAUGCAAGUCAUCGCCGAACCGCCAUCGGACUUGCUACCAGCCAAAUCUGCGAUUACCUACGAGAAAACCUAUCAGAAUUUCAACAAAUGGUGUCAGGACAACAACGUGCACACAUACAACGAAGACGUAUUAAUCGCCUACUUCAAUAAGAAAGCUGAACAAGUGAAGUCCCCCACACUAUGGAGCACAUACUUCAUGUUGAAAUCCACACUGCUUAUCAAGCACAACAUUCAAAUCAAAGAUUAUACUAAACUAAUUGCGUUUAUAAAGGAUAAAAACGCAACUUACGAGCCGAAAACGUCGAAAAUAUUCACCAGGGAAGAGUUUUUGAAUUUUCUUGCAUCUGCACCUGAUGACAAAUAUUUAAUGUGGAAGGUUUGUUUUAUAUUUGGAGUGGCAGGAGCUUGCAGAAUGGAUGAGUUGAAGAAAAUCACAAUUGACAACAUAGAUGACAGAGGAAAUGUGUUGUUGGUAACCAUACCGGAUUCUAAAACCGGAAGUAGACGCACGUUUGCGAUUACUGAUGAUAUGACGGAUGGUGUGAAUCCUAUUGAGAUUUACAGACGAUAUAGAUCGUUGCGACCGGCGCACAUAACGCACAAAUCGUUUUUUAUUUAUUAUAAAGAUUUUAAAUGUUCUACACAACAUAUUGGGAUACAUACCUUUGGGAAGAUUCCCAAACAGAUUGCUAAGUAUUUGAAACUGUCGGAUGCUGGGUUGUAUACUGGGCAUGCAUUUCGGCGGACAUCUGCUGCGUUAUUAUCAAAUAAUGCUGUGAAUGAGGAUACACCACAAAAGGUUUCAAAACGUCUCAUGGAAAAGAAACGCAUCAAUAAACAACCUUCACUUGAAUUAGAAGAUAGAAUAAAAGCUUCUACAGUUACAAGUAAUGUUUUGGAGCAAGCAGUACCUGAUAAGCAUAAUAUUACUACAAAUACAAAUAAAUCACAAAUUCCGGUGAAUGAUAAAACCGAAUCUGUUUGUUUAAAAUGGAAUAAUCAUCAUAGCAAUAUGCAGAUGGCGUUUCCGAGUCUACUAGCACGUGAACAAUAUGUUGAUGUUACUUUAACAAGUGAGGGGCAAUCAAUAAGAUGUCACAAGUUGGUUUUGUGUUCCUGUAGUUCGUAUUUUGAUGAAAUCAUCUCGGGAUUGUCUCCCUGGCAGCAUCCGGUGAUCUAUUUGAAAGGGAUACCUUUCUGGGUAGUGAAAGCACUUGUUGAUUUCAUGUACAUAGGUGAAGUGAGUGUUGAACAGUCAAAACUUCAGUGUGUUUUGGAUGCGGGGCAAGAACUGAAGAUAAAAGGUUUGACGGCGGUGUUAGUGCCACAAGAGUUGCCUACAUUCACACCGGCUACAACUGAUUCCCCGCCGAAUAUAUCGUAUAGUUUAAACGACGGGAGAGCAAUACAUGAUGUACAGAUACACAAAUCGAAAAAUUUGAUAAAUCAAUCUACAAAAAGACCUUUUCCCGAAACAGAGUUACCUGAUCAUCUUCUCUAUAUGCACAAAGGAACACGCUCGCGGCUACUGACAAAAACACCAAAAACACAUCACGAUGAAGAAUUAAAUCCAGAUUCUUCCUUUAAUCCUCUUAAUCCUUCACAACAACAAUAUCCUGAAUAUUCUAUACAACCCAUACAAGCAGACAGUCCCAAUAUAGUCGAAAUCAAACAUGAACCUUUAGAAAUAACAGAGACAGAUGUCACCUUCACCGAAUAUCAAAACGACAACUGUAUGUUAUUUGACGAAGCUGACAAUGACGACGACAACGACGACGAUGACGAUGAUUACAAUCAAGAAGAUGAUUCAAUCCAACUAAAAACAUGUUUUAACACAAAACAAUAUGGUGGAGACGCGAAUCUUUAGC